AUGGACAGCGACUUGUCGGCUGAGAUAGCGCGCAUCGAGGCAGAGUUGGCGCAAGAUGCAGAGUUGCGCCAACAGCAGCAGCAGCUGGCACCGCAGCAGCCUCCUGCAUCCUUAUUUGGUUUUGGCCAGACAGCCCCGGUCCAGCCGCAACAGCAGCAGCAGCAGCAGCUGUUCCAGACCCAGCCUCCACAGCCACAGCAGCAACCAUCCAACCCCUUCAACGUCAAUGCCAGUCCCUUCAUGCCGACACCGCAGCAGCCUGAUUACUCGCAGCAACAGCAGCAGCAGCAGCAGCCCAUAGGUAGCGCUGGGCAAGCCGCCGCGCAAGCCUCUGCACCAACGCCAAUCAUUCACAGCUUCUCCAAGGACACAGACAGCCGCUCGAUCUUCAUCGGCAACUUGCCAAGGGGGACCGACGGCACCCCGACGACGACGCCAGAGGAGCUAGUGCAGUUCUUCGCUGACUGUGGCAACAUUCUCAACUGCACAGUGCUGAAGGACCGCGCGACAGGGGAGCCGAAGGGCACCGCCUACAUUGAAUUCGCCGACUACACGGCGAUGGGCAAGGCCAUCGAUACAAAGAACAACGCCAACUUCAAGGGCAGCACCAUAAUUGUAUGCGUGAGUACGUCCCCUCUCUUUUCACUUGCAGGUUUCUUCGGUUAA